ACGCAUACCUGGGAGUCAACAAUGAGGGCUUGAUGACCAGAGUUGCUGUCGCACGGCAGGGAUCCAUUGGCUUAUCAAGCUGAUUUCUUCAGGAAAAUUGAUCCUUUUUUUUGUACAGCAGUUGCACUGCGGAAAGCCAUGACCGACUGCCAGCGUGUAGAUGAAGAAAGUAGUCUGGAGGUUUUGAGCAACAUUGAAAAUGUAAUCCUGGAAAUAGUGACUUCUCUGUCCAAGGAUGAGGCACCAGCCCUGGUACUACCAAACAGAUCCAGUUGGGAUAAUAUCAGUUUCGACAGUGCCGUUGGGCUUCAAAUGAGUUCGACAAGUUCUGUCGUGACGAUCAGGAGUGACUGCCCCAAAACUGCCACAAGAUUUUCUCAGAUUCUCGAGAUUCUCUCUAUCGCUUACACGCUCGUGCAGACCAACUCGUAUGCCACAAAAAGAGACAUCUAUUACCAUCAUCCCCAGCUAUUUGGCUCACAGAAAACAGUCGAUAAAAUUGUGGAUGAUGUGUCGUGCAUGCUUAAGGUUCCUCGAAGAGCUCUACGUGUGUUGGCAACAUCCAAAGGUGUUAUCUCAGGUGAUCUUUGUUAUAUGGAGGAGGAUGGUACGAGGAUCGACUGCCACUCAAGUUCUGCUGCUGUUGCAGUCUCAGCAAACGUUGCAGGUAUCCAAAAUAUUGUAUCAUCUGCCAAGUUCAUCCUUAUUGUCGAGAAGGAUGCUACAUUUCAGAGACUUCUUCAAGACGACUUCUGCACAAAGCUUUUUCCAUGUAUCAUGAUCACAGGUAAAGGCUUUCCAGAUGUGAACAGCAGGUUGAUGGUGAGAAAGCUCUGGGACGUGUUGCAUGUCCCUAUCUUCACUCUGGUGGAUGCUGACCCGCAUGGCAUUGAGAUCAUGUGUAUCUACAAGUAUGGAUCAGUGGCCAUGUCGUUUGAGGCCCAAAGCCUGACCAUCCCCAGUGCAAUGUGGUUAGGCCUCCUCCCUUCGGACCUGGAGAGGUUGCAGGUUCCCAGGAGUGCUUUGCUCCCCCUCACCAAGGCUGAUGAAAAAAAACUGGACAGCCUCCUCAAAAGGCCCUACGUAGCGAACCAACCAGAGUGGGUUAAAGAGAUGACCUUGAUGCAGAAGAAUAGACACAAAGCUGAAAUUCAGUCACUGGCAGCCAUAGGUCCAGAUUUUCUCACCAGCAUCUACCUGCCCAAUAAGCUGCGCUUUGGGGGCUGGCUAUGAGCACAAUGCUGCCACCCAGCGGGAUAAAAGACUAAUGACAAAACGAGUUGGAAAAGACUAUAUGUUACCGACCAGUUUGACAUUUAUUGGCAAAAUACAUUGUUGCUGUUGUAUUUUGGGGGGUAGUUGUUGUUUCUGUUGUUUUUGCCUGCAUUGAAAAAUUGUUUGGAAAAAAAAUAAAAAAUAUUUUAUUAGGGCUGCCAACGCCGUUGA